GUGGGACUUUCCGCAUACGUCAUUCGGUGCUUCCGAUUUCUUAGCUAGCCCGACCGUGGUGUUCUUUAUAUUAGACGUUAUAAACCUCGCUGUGCCGCCGUGUAUUACAUACCGAGCAUACCAUGUAGACGCCAAAAGGUCUGAACAACCCCGACAAGUUGGAAUAUUGAGACGUGCUCGUCCGAAGCGACGCUAACACCGAGAGAGGCUAUGUCAACAACGCGGCCCCUUCUCGGUAUGAAGCGAGUCACGGAGCUCGCGUGCGUCGAGCAGCCGACCAGCAGGUUCCCCGCCUCGGCCGCGAGGCAGCAGCAGCAGCAAGACGUUCCAAAGGUGGAUGAGUUUACUGUCCUGGAGAAUAAGGAAGACGAGCUGAAAUGUGCCCAGUCUCGAGUGGAAUACGUUUUCAAAGUGACGUUCACUAUUAUCGGGUUGUUGGACCACACUGGACAAGACCACGGCAGCACGGCUGCGCGUCAGAUUUGGCUACAGCUCAGAGGAAACACUGACGACGUUUCGAAAGCAAAGGAGUAUGUGAGGGGGCUGUGUGACCCAGAGCUGCAGAAAGAAGAACGCUAUCCAGUGGACAUGCACUGUAUCUUUGCCGGAGCUCGGGGCCUGUUCCUGGACAGACUCAUACGGGACACGAGUGCUGAGGUUUUGGUUCCUGAGCCAGGACGCCUGCGCUUGCUGGGCCGUGCUGAGCCUGUGGUGAUGGCGCAGAGCAGAGUUCAACAGUUUGUGGCACUUUUCCAGGAAAAGCGAAGUCUACUGAGUGACAGAGAGCAGGCAGUGAAACGAGCGUUUAAGUCCUUUGUGGAGGAACGGGACGAUAAGUACACCAUGGAGCUUCUUCUACUGCCUAGUGCGCUCAAAGAAGAAUUACUCAGACUGGCACACAGUCCAACCAGCUCACAUGCAACCUCGCUGGCUCUCCUGAACCAGAACCUUCAUCCAAGCAUGGUGGAGUUGGAUCAAGAUCGCUCACAGAGUAGCACCCCCGUGACGGAGCUGUCAAAUCGCAUCCUCGAUACUAGCUUUGAAGACAGAGGCACACGGACGAUGCUGUUUGGCGACAGUGCUGGAAAAGCAGGAGGAGGCAUCGGUUUGGGUCCUGAGGCCAUCCUGAUGAAUGGCACCAGGCCUUCACACAAGCGACGCUCUUCAGAGAGUGAAACUCGGGACACUAAGAGGCAGUAUUCUCUGGAGCGGCGGGACGAGUCUCCAGAGAGGUCGAGGGACAGGGAGAGACACCGGGACCGAGAAGGCCAUGGGGCCAGUGGUGGUUAUCGAUCCAAAAAAGCGUCUGCUUCAUGCACAAUCUCCUCCUCCUCCUCCUCCUCCUCCUCCUCCUCCUCCUCAGCUAAAGCAAACACAGUUGCUGGUCCAAUCAUGCUGAACCCUUGUGAGGGUAUCACUGAAGAGAGUGAGGCAGUCAGCCCAGAAACCAAUUUCCGUUGUUUGGUCAAUUUCUUCAGAACCAUGGGUUACCAGCAGGAUGUGGUGGAGCGUGUCAUCAAGGAUACCGGACAAACGGAAGACACCUUCCUCAUUCUUGAGAAAAUUGUGUCAGAAACGAAGAAUUGUGAGGAGGAAACAAAAAGAGGAGUCAAAGAAACCAAACUGAACAAUAAGCGCUCUUCAGACCUUCCCUCGUCCUCCUCGACGAUGACAUCUCUAGCCGUCGAGAGGGAGAGCGAGCGGGAGUCUGGGAGGUCCAAAGAAAAUAUUAGGCCCAGCCAUCAUGGAGCCAGUAGUAAUGGACUUGGCCACCGGAGGCAGUGCAGUGGAAGUGAAGCCAGCACUCAACAGGCCAUUACUAUCAAGAGGAGCUCCAGUGCCCAAGGAAGUGCAGGAAACUAUGAGGUCAUUACCAUUUCCGAUGACGAUGAUGCCGUCGCGACAAACAGCAAAACAGCAGACACUCGGACAUCAAGGGUUACGAUGGUGCACGCAGACACCCAGACCGGAUCCAGAAUGGACUACUUGGCACGGGGAGGUGGGAACGUUUCACACAGGGACCACCUAUCAAGAGGCGGGACUCGGACUUUAGGUGGAUCAGUAAAAGUUGAGAAUGUGACUGCACUGCGCAGUGCACCCCAGUGGCUGACAGCCAGCACCACUUCUGUGGCUUCCACUGCCAAUUCGGCUCCUACCUACUCUGCCUACCAGACCCUCGGCCACAUGGGCUGUCACGGCGGCGGAGCCAGGAAUCCCCCCACAAGCAACCCACCGCCGCCCCCUGUGACUGGGCUGGCCCGUUUUCACCAAUCAUUGAAGACUCCGUAUAAACUGAAGCUACAGAAUGAACCAGGGCUACCAGAACUGCGCCACAUCAUCAUCGAUGGCAGCAAUGUGGCUAUGGCUCACGGCCUAAAUCGGUUCUUCUCCUGUCGAGGGAUAGCACUUGCAGUGGAGACAUUUUGGAGACGGGGCCACAGAGAGAUCACUGUAUUUGUUCCUCAGUGGCGCCAGAAGAGAGAUCAAUUGACAACAGAACAACAUUUUUUAAAUCAACUGGAAGACCUGCGGCUGCUUUCUUUUACCCCUUCCAGAGAGGUCUGUGGCCAAAGGAUAGCCUCACACGACGACAGAUUCCUACUCCACUUAGCUGAAAAAACAGACGGCGUGAUUGUAACCAAUGACAACCUGCGAGACUUUGUCAACUCUUCGGACACUUGGCGCCGUAUCAUUCAAGAGAGGUUACUGCAAUUUACCUUUGUGGAGGACCAUUUCAUGAUCCCUGAUGACCCUUUGGGUAAAAACGGACCUCAUCUGGAUGUUUUCCUUUGCAAAAACAACAGGUAUUUUCCGUUCACCCCUCCCCCUCUUAGACCCCCGGACCUGCGUCCAUCCACCAACCAGCAGCAUCCGGUCUACGUGCAGGCCCUCCACUCGGCACCGUGGACCCCCGCCUUCACUCCCCAGCCCCCCCCUUCCCAUCCGCCUCACCCCAGUGCACAGUGGCCCCAUCCAGGCCGUCGCCGCACCGCCUCCCCCUCGCCGUCACCCCCUCCUCAGCGUUCGCCGGGGGAGACGUCCGAGCUGAGGGGGAAGCUAUGUGCGAUUUUCCCGGACCAAAAGCAACAGAUCGACCGCAUCCUCAGUGACAACCCGUACAUGAGAGACUUAAACGCCCUGUCGGGGCUGCUGCUGGGGUGAUGCACUGGCCCAACAACCAGACGUCCGUCAUACAUGCAUAGUAGGGGACCCAUAACAACUAUUUAUUUGAUAUUUUCUUUUAUUUUCUCUUUCAUCUUGGGCAGUCUUGAGUUGGUUUUGUCAUUUGUUUCAUUUUUAUUGACCCUAAAGCGUAUUUAUUCAUCUGAUUUGAAUAUUUGUUUUCUUUUUUGUUUUCAGCUGGAAACAUGUAGGCCAAAACUAUUAACAAAAAAGCUUUCUUUCUUUCGAUCUCUCAGCCUCUCUUCUUUGUCACGCUCUCUCUUUUUAAAUUCUUUAAAUAUGGGACCAGCAUGGAUCGAGAUUAGAGGACUGGUCCCAGAACUGACGGGCUUCCUACCACAAAUGCAUCAGUACUACCUAAUGACUGCCAUUACACAAAUAAACCAGCACAUUUUAUUUCAUGGUUUCCCUGCAAAAUGACAUUUACUGUACGACUUGUAAUUUUAAAGGCAGGCAGUUGUGAGCACAACAUACAUACAUCUGUAUCUAUGCAUAGUUUGGCCGAACAUAAAACAACAUACAUAGUGGGCCCAUUUGCGCCCCUUCAAAAUGUAUAUUUGAACAUAAUGCCUCAUACAUUACAACAGCACCUUCAAAUGAAUGGAAAUGAACCAUUUUGUUUUCCAUUUGCUCUUAAGGUUUGGUUCGCAGCCCUUAAUAUUUGGGAGGUCAACUUUCUCCCCUUUUAAUCUCAAAGCCUCAUAGCUUGCUAACGUUGUUAACUUCAGCUUUAAAAUUUCAAGCGCUGAAUCUUAAAUUGUUGUUCCAAAUACCUUGAUUGAGCGGAGUGCAUUUUUGAGGGGAGGAAUAUGUUCCUGAGAUUAACUGUGUUGGUUGUUUUGGAGCCCCAUUACUGCUGUAGCCACUCCAUCUUGUUUUAAAACACUACAAGGCUCAGUUAUGUAGUUUGCAUUUAUUGGAUUAAGUUAAAUUGCAGCCACAAAACAGAAGUACGUUCACUUUUUGACUCUACCUUUGUAGCAAAGAUGUACAUAGGUUUGAUUCACUCCUCGUGCUUCUGCACCCUCCAAGCAGAAUGUGGACAAGAAGCUUCCCCUGCAUGCAUGUUAUGUUCAUCAUUUGUGUAAUAUGCCAACCCAAGUCUGUAUAAAAGCAGGUUUUGUUCAUCACCCUCAGCAUUGCCGAAUGAGUUUCUUUUGUAUUAUAUUUUUCUUGUGGACUUCAUUGGUCUGGUUUUUUUUUUUUUGUAAAUCUGAAUAUUUUUGGACAUGUGGUUUUUAUGUAUGUGAAGAAUCCAAAUAAAUGCCACAGUCCACAGAAAGCUUCUGCACUACCCUGCAGUUAUCCUUCUCUGAACGGUUCCGUGAUGAACAAAGUACCCGUUCAAUUUUUUGAGGUGGUAGUUUGAAUUUCUUGAGCGUUACUGCGUGCAAACGGGAGAAUGUAAAUAAUACUUUUCUUGAGGGAUCAAUAAAGAGUAUUACCACCAGAGUUCUGACUACA